AUUCCCGAAUGUUCUGUUGUAAGUGAUACGUCAUCGAGAUGUGACGAGGUUAUAUAGACUUGAAAACGUCAUCAAAACGCGACGUUGAGCGCAAGUAGGGCAACAAAUAUGGCUGUCAUAACAUAAGUGUAAACAUUCCGGUUUUUAUUUGCCUUACAAGUUAGAAAACUAAAAGCAGAGCAAUUUUUUUUUUGCGACGUAUGGCAACGGACGGGGAACCCGAAUUUGUCCACCGGACUCGGGCAUGUCUAUGUGUCCUCUGCGGGCUUCCCGCCGCCGGGAAGUCGUCCUUGUCCCGGACUGUUUGUCUCUCCGCCAGUCGCAGCGGGUGGAGAGCGGCUGUUGUGCACUACGACGAGCUGAUCCCAGAUCAGGCUUUUCACGCCAGAGAGCCAGAGGAGCAAACUGAAUGGAAACUCCACAGACACGCAGUGUUGCAGUGCAUUGAAGAGUUCCUAAAGAAUCCAAAAAUGUCACUCGAGCUUCCCGGCGGCUGCAGGAUCGAGGGGUCUGCGUGGGAAGGAUGCAUUCGAUCCCUACUGGAUCCUCCUCUGGGCGACCAGGCACCGCUACUGUUCCUACUGGAUGACAACUUCUACUACCCGAGCAUGAGAUACGAGGUCUACCAACUGGCUCGAAAGUAUUCACUCGGCUUUUGCCAGGUGCACGUGGAAUGCCGCUUGGAGUCGUGCAUCAGCAGGAACAACAACAGACCGCACCCCGUCCCCACCGAGGUGAUCGUGGCGAUGGAGAAGCGUUUGGUUCGGCCGAAUCCUAAGAAAAACCAGUGGGAGGCAAAGAGCGUUUCGGUCAACGCGACAGGCAACGUUUCGGAAUGUGACGUUCAGAAUGUGCUGGAGUUGAUCGGCUCUGCACUCAGCGACCCCUUAAGUCCAGUUGAGGACGACACGGAGCAAAAGGAGGCGGACCGGCAGAAAUGUGCCGCCAGCGUGGUUCACCAGGCCGACCAGGCCUGUCGACGUCUCGUCUCUGAAGCUAUGAAGAAAGCCAGAGAAAACGGAGUGUCCUCGGAACACAUGAGGUCUUUGGCCGCUCAGCUCAACCAAUCCAAAGUGCAAUUCCUCCAAAACGUGCGCAAACAUUUCCUCCAAGAGGCGCCUUUUAUUCGAGAAGAGGACGCCGACGUGGAACAUGCGGUGAAGAGAGCCGUGGGACUUUUUGACCGCGAUAUAGAGGAAAUACUGUCCGGGAUAAUGACGGUCAAGGACCAAUCAGGUAUGGCGACACAAUCUAAUGACAAUGGCAUUUAUUAAAACAUGUUUAUGUGCACAAGAUCUACACGUAUUAUUAUAUUUGCAUGGUCCUAUUUUGGUAGCUAAAAUUUUAAUAUUUAAACACAAAAAACUGACUUAGAAGAAUUUUAACUUCAGUGGCUACAGUCACUGGAAAUACAAAAAAAGUCAAAUCCAUGUUUGUAGUGAUGUGUAUUUCUGGUCUGAAGGGCGACUUCAGCAGUAUUGGGUUGAUUACUGAAAACCAGUAACUAGUUACAGUUACUAGUUACUUUAUUUCAAAAGUAACUCAGUUACUUACACCAAAAAGUAAUGCGUUACUGUGAAAAGUAACUAUUUAGUUACUUAUUUUUUUCCCUUUUUUUUUUUAAGGCUCCCAUUAAUGCCCUUUUAGCCUUCAUUUCAGUACUGUUAUUGCACUGGAGAAUAAUACAAUAUGUUGAUCAACCUGAACUCAGAAAGCAAUGUGCUCUACAUACAACACACAAAGACAAAAGAUAUGUUUCAAAGGGCCAAUUUAUUUCAGGCCAGAACAAAUUGACAAAACUAUUUUAAAUAGCUGCAACAUAAUGGCACUUUAACUUUAACUUUAAGUAGAUGGGAUCUUUGAUCCAAGACACAACUUACAUUUAACUAAAAUGUUAUUUUCUUUGUGCUCGACAAAAGAAAAGUAUUGAGAAUGUCUCCAUGUUAAGAAACUCGACUUCUGGCUUCGCCAUGAUGUCUUGUUAGUUGUUAUGAGAGUAACGUGUGUGUGUGUGUGUGUGUGUGUGUGUGUGUGUGUGUGUG